AUGGCCGGGUUUAAAGACGCCGUCCGGUCGGCCAUCAAAGUGAACUUCAGAAGAAUACCUCAACGAUUACAUGACUUUCUAUCAACUAUUCUACCAAUCAGCAUUGUGUUUCUUACUGGAUACAUGAAAUUCUAUUUUAAAGGAAAUGAAAAGAUUCAAUGCAUCAGUUAUUCUGCUACAAAAGAAGCAGUGAAUUAUUAUAUUCCUAUCGUUAAGUUUCAUGGAGUUGAGACUGGAGAUCCAACAUUAGCCGUAGUCAAAAAUGUUUUUCGUCUCCUUGGAUUUCGUUCUGCCACCGCAAGUACAGCAGUUUGGGAUGUGUUAUGGUCCCAUACUUAUCCCUUUCAUGCUUUGGACAAAGAGUUAACCUCCUUGAAGUCAUAUCAGAAGGUUAAUCAUUUCCCAGGCACUGGUUUUGUAACUCAGAAAUCCAAUUUAGCCAAACUAUCUGUGAAAAGUGUGCCAAUAUCAUUUACAUUACCUUCUGAGAGAGAAUCCUUUCUGUCUUAUGCUGAAAAAAAUACUGGUACCUUCUGGCUGAUGAAAAGAAGGGAUCACCGGGGAAUUCAUAUUUUGAAUGGUACUGAAAAUCUUUCCAAAAAUGGCUCAUUUGUGCAAGAAUUCAUUAGAAAUCCUUUUGUAAUUAACAAAAAGAAGUUUGACAUUGGAGUUUAUGUUUUGAUAACAAGUAUUGAUCCCUUGCGUGUAUACAUUUACUCUGGAGAUAUUCUACUGAGAUUUUGUACUGAAGACUAUCAUCCUUUGAAUAUUAAUUCUGUUUCUUCAUAUGUUGUGGGGGAUAACUACUUGCCAAUUUGGAAGGUUCCUGACUUGAAGUUUUAUUACUCAGAAUUGAAUUAUACCGCAAAGGAAUCCUUGAAUGCUUACGUUCAAUCCAAAGGUAAAAGUUACAGAAGAAUGUGGACUCAGAUUCAUGCAGCUGUUCGUGACGUCUACUUUAAAGCGGAGGAGCCCAUGAAAAAGCUUGCGAUGAGACUCGGGCGUCUACGGAACUAUUUUGAGUUGGUGAGGUUUGACUUUGUUGCUGAUGAAAAUUUAAAUGUUUACUUGUUGGAGGUGAACAUGUCUCCUAAUCUCUCUCCUGCUCAUUUUCCUCAAAACAAACUGCUGUAUGAACAGAUCGUUUUCAAUUCUCUGAGUCUUGGUGGUCUUGUGAGGAAGUUUCCAGUUCUUGCUGCUUACAGGGGUGAAGUUGAAGUCUCCGAAAAAGAUAUUCAAGUAUUUAUUGAGCAGUGUGCUUCAGAAAUCUGCCAAACUUCAUGUAAAAACCUGAAAUGCAAAGUUUGUAGCCAGUGCUUGAACAAAGAAUGGAAAGAUAUAAUCAAAACUGCCUAUCUGGAGCACAUGAAUCGUGGAAAGUAUCGGCGAGCAAUACCUGCUGCAAUAUCAAGUCGCCAACAGAUUCAGAAUACUGCAGAACCGUCUGAAAUGAAUUUAGUUAUGGACCUGUGGUUCAAAGGAAAAUGCUUGCAAGAUGAAGCUUGGUGUCAGUAA